AUGGCGAAGAAAAGGUCCAUCAAAGAAGUGGAAACUUCUAAUAGUUCUAAUGGAGUACAACCGAAGAAAAAGAAAACGAAAAAGGUUAGGUCCAACCCUCAUUUAGCUAUUCUUUGCUAAUGUAUGAUAAAAUCAAACUUUUGGCCGUUUAUUUACAGGGAAAAUGGACAAACAAACAACGCGUGUUGGUGUUUUGCUCACGUGGUAUAUCACACAGGUGAGAUCGAAGACGCCAAGAUAACGAGACUUUAAAGCAGGAGAAUAUUAUCGUUGUUCUUUUCUUUGAUUUCAUAUUCUUUAUCGCCUAUAUGAGUAGCAUGGUGUUCCAUUUGUCGAAGAUAGGCUAUAUAUGGCAUGGAUGUAUCUGUGUUUUACUGAAUGUUUUAUGGUUGAAUUAAAUGUAUUUCUAGUCUGCCUAAAUAUCUUUGUUGACUUCCGUAAACUUGUUUCAUAUGUAUUUCACUUUAUUCCAGUUAUAUCAAAAGUGAUGUGAUAAUUACUUUUACUUUAAGUUCAUUCUGUAUUGUAACAAAUUCCUGAUAUCUACAUGUACCAUGUAUAUCUUCUUUAAAUUUUUGCAGAGCAAGGCAUCUUAUGCUGGAUAUACAGACAUUGUUACCCCACUCAAAAUCUGGUAUAUGCAUAUGAUCUUUAUGAUUUUAUGAUAAAUUCCUAUACAUACUUAUUUUGAUGAUUAUUUUGUGUUCAGGUGCAUGCAUGCUGACCACAGAUCAAUCAGCCCAGAAAACAUGAUUCCUCUUGCAUUUGUACAGCUUGAAAUCCUUGAAAUGCAGCCCUGAUUUAACUCUUUGAUCCCUAUGAGUGACUAGCAUCUAAUUUCUCCUUACAAUAUCAUCCCAGAAUCAAAUGUUGAGGUCACAAGAAUUAGGGAAAUGAUCACCAACUAAAGAAGCCCUUGAAUGUUAAACAAAUACUCUUUGUAAUAAAAUAUGUACUUAUUGUUCAUUGUGGUGUAAGAUAGGAGAUGAACUUUGUUCGUUUGUCUCACGAUGGAGUCACUUUGGAUGUUGAUUGCGAGUCUUCAUCAGGUGAUGAGGUUGAUUGAUUACAUUUCACUACUUGUAGCAUGUUAGUAUGCUGCUAUUAGUGCAUUUCAAUCCUCAUUAUUAUUCCUAGCCAGCACUUUAGGAAAUGUAUGGAGAAUAUGCAUACUGAUGCUGAGGUGUAAAGGGAUAGGUUACCACUCUGAAUUAACAACAUCAAGGUCAAAGGAAAGCUAAAUAAUGAAUCGUCAAAAAAUCCCAUGAGACUACUUUAGGUACUACCUCAGGUGGCUUCUCAAAAAGCUGGUUGAGUGUUAUAAGGUCUCUUUUAUUAAGAGACAGGAAUGAAAAGUCAAGGUUAAUACCAGAAGUUAAACAAAAUCAGACCUUGAAACACUACAAUUAUGUUUUCUCUUUGUUGAUCUCUUCUAGAAACCAAACUUGAUCGCAAAGACAAACUAUUUAUUGUCAAUGAGGUUAGUAAACAAUAUUUCUGUGACAUAUCAUUGUCAUCACAUUGAGUGAUAUUUAUUACCUAUGGGCAUUACAUGCACUUACUCAUUGAUAUGCAGUCAUUAACCAAUCAGAUUAAUGUUGGAGUUUUUGUAAUAUUUCUCUGUAAAGUAAUUAAGCAUAAAGCUCUUCCGUGAUGAAGAUUUAACCUCCAUAUUUCCCAUCUUAAUCCAGGUACAAAUUGUAGUUUCAUUCUCUUUUACAAAGUACUUAUUUCACCUUUCGUAAACAGGAAUUUAACUUUGACCAAAAUAGUGUAGAAGCCCCUGUCAUCCUUGAGCAUUUUAGAAAUAAACCAUUAGUAAUUGUUAACAAGAGAUUAAAGGUGCCAAGUGGCAAUAAUGUAUAUUAUUACAGUAACAAAUUACACUUUAACUUGACUUGUAGGUCUGUGAGAUGAAAAACUGUAAUAAAUGUGUCUUUUUUGAGAUGAGAAAAGGACAAGACCUUUAUAUGUGGUGGGUUUUGUAAUUUGUUUCCCCUGCACUUAAAAUUCAUUUUUGUGUGUAAAAUAUUAGAAAUGAAGGACACCCCUGAGCCUGUUUUGUUUGUUGUUAUUAAAGGUUUUCUUGCACACCACAUGGGCCAUCUGCCAAGUUUUUGGUUGAAAAUGGUAAGUGCUAACAGGGGCCAUUCGUGAUGUUAUGGUAUUUUCAUCAUUUCAUUGUUUUUUUCAAUAAUUUAAAUUUAACAAAUUAGAGAAAUAUGCAAACUGCAUAUACAUACAAAGCUAAUCAAGGCAGGUUGGUUGUGUAACUGACAAUCAAAAUCAAGGCAGGUUGGUUGUGUAACUGACAAUCAAAUUUAGCAAAGUAGAUUAAUAGUCAAUCAGGUAAAAUAAAUAUAUAGGAUGAAAUAAAAUAAAUAGGUAUACACAUACUUUCACUGAUAGCUGGCAUUUUCAUGAGUACAGCAAGAGCCCAUAAGAAAACUUAAAAAGUAAGGAAGUAAUGAUAAUUGUUAGAGUUUGAUUAAUGAUAAUAAGUAAUUUUUGAGAUUAACAUUCAGACGUCAACAUACAGUAACCAUCCUCAUCACAAAGCACUGAAAAUUAUGAUUAGUGAAUUAUGUUUUUGAAAGGUUUUUUUUAUGUUUACACAAGUCAGGCUUCAGGCAAUUCCAUAACUUAGCUCUAAAAAUGGAAAAAUUUAUUUCCAUACUCUGUCUUGAUUUUUUAACAUAUAAGUUACCAGCAUACAUGCUGAGUUAUUGUCUAAAGUAUUUAGGAAUCAACAAUUUGGGCUACUGAACAAAUCAAACAUAAUAUUAUAUUGAAAUAAGUAAACUGACUAUUUUUUUUUUUACUGGUUGUUUAGUGCACACAAUGGAUGAACUUAAAUUAACUGGAAAUUCAUUGAAAGGAUCAAGACCAAUAUUAUCAUUUGAUCAGGUUAGAGCAAAUGUCUACUGUAGAAUAGUUUUAAAUUUACAAGGAAGAGGAUUGGCAUCUACCAUGUGAAGCAAUGUAUUUUAAUCUACUUCCAAGCCUUAUCAAAACCAGAAUAUGGACAGAGGGAUGUGUCGUCUGGUUUGUGGAAAGAUCCUCUCUCACCAUUUUAAGAUAUUUUUUCUACAACUUUGCAUGAAAUUGUUGCAUCUGGUUUCAUGCUUCACUUUUUAUUCCCUUUUUGUUAUUUUAUUCCCUCAAAAUGUUCUCUGCAUGGAUGAUAACCUUUCAUGUCAAAUACAAUUGUACUAAAAGUAUGCACACAUUCAGCAUAGAGCCAGUGUCCAGGAGUAUGAUCAGUUCUUACUGAUACAAUAACAUACACUUUGGUUUUAUUCCAUAACAGCAUUUUGACAAAACAUCUCAGCACUCACUUUUGAAGGAAAUGUUCAUUCAGGUAGGUAACAAUAUUCAUAAUUUUGCUUUUGUUGUUUUAUUUAAACAACACUUUUUUUUUACAGAAACAAUAUUAACAAAUUAACAAAGUGGACACUACAAUAAUUAUAUAAUCUGGGAUACAAUACUCACAGCUAUGCUACUAAUUAAGUAACCUUGCUCACAAUACUGCUAAUUGCAAUACAUUAGCUGCAAUACUACUGAUUAUGUUGUAUCACUAAUAAUACAAAUAUGUUACAUCACUAAUGAUAUUGCGUAGAAUAUUACAAACACUUUUUGUGAUGCUUAACGUUACUUAUGGACACUACUUACUUGACUAAUUCUUAUAUCAAUAUUAUAUUAUGUAGCAUAAAAUAAAGGAAUAAAAAGAAAAUGUUCGGGAAAUUAUGAUGAAUUUCUGGGGAAGGGGGUGGAGUGUUCUGGUAUCCCAUCCGGGGGAUAGUACCAUGACUCUGAGUCACUUCAUGUUAAAGACAGACACUGGAAUAAGCUCUGGCUGGGUGGGCUGAAGUUCAGACUUUUUAUAAUAUUUACAGUAUUUUUGCAAUAAUACUGUUCUCACUCUUACUUCUCUCUCUGUUUUUUGUGCAGAUUUUUAGUACUCCUUGUUAUCAUCCCAAGAGCAAACCCUUUGUAGAUCAUGUGUUCUCUUUCUCUGUAGAAGACAACAGAAUUUGGUUCCGGAAUUUCCAGGUAAAUAAAAUACUAAAUACUUGUUGGUAUGGAGUCCAAAAACAAUCAAUUUUUUUAGUUUAAUUUGAAAAAAACUGACCUGUGCAAACUCUUAUUGUUCCAUAGAUUGUUGAGGAAGAUGGAUCAUUGCUGGAAAUUGGUAAAUGCCUUUCUCUUAAUAAUUUCACCCCAAAGAUCUCUUAGUAGUUCUCCUUACUGUCUGUUAUACAAUUCUUAUGAUGUUACUUAAGAGAAUUUGGUAUUAGAUCAACUGGUAAUCCCCUUAUUGGUAUUUUUCUCUAUUCUCAUCACUUUUUUGCUUGAUAAUGUAAUGAUGUUUUAAGGAGAAAUUCUGUAUUGGUCACUCAUGGGAGUUAAAGGAUUAAUUUCUUUAUUUUCACAUAAGACUAGUAAGAGUUAAAAUAUGGCAUAAUUCUGAAUUGUGAUUUUAACGUGGUAAAUUUAUAUUUCAGGCCCACGAUUUGUAUUAAACCUUAUAAGAGUGUUUGAAGGAAGCUUUGGAGGAGCAACACUUUAUGAAAACCCACAUUACCGAUCACCUAAUGAGGUAAGUUUUGUAAGAGUCAUUUUUACACAAAUUCUUUAUCUAGGGUCGCCACACUUUCUAAAUCUCACCCUUAUUUAUCUUAGUAUCGUCGGAUGAUCCGCAAGCAAGCUGCUCAACGGUAUCGAGCUCGCGUGGAAUCGAAGCAAGCUCUUGAGGAUCGACGGGAAGCCAACCAAGAUAUUCCACGUGACAUUUAUGAUGUAGAUGACGUAUUUCAUACAAUUACCCAAUCAGAUAUUGACAUUGCCAAGGCAAGGGGAGGCGAUGGGGCAAAAUGAACGAAAGAUUUCUAAGAAGACGGAAAGUGGAAGACGGAAGGGGUAGAUGAAUAAGCGAAACUAACUGACGAAGACUGGUUCAAGAUCUUGAGUAGAGUUUCUUUCUGUCGUGGCACAGAUUUCUGUACACGAGUACUACGGCAAAAUGUGUUUUGCACCAAUUGGCGUUUUUUCUCGAAUAUAUCUAAACUGCACAUGGUGUCCAUUUCUUUAAAGAAGUGUGAAUAUACAUGUGGACGUUUGCAAGUCUGAUCGUAGUGUUGUUUGAAUGCUCAUUCUUCGAAGAUGUUCUCUUUAAAAAACCUUUUUAAGGGAAUUUUAUCCUGUAAUAUUUGAAAUUAGUAACCAGCGGAAGAGGAAGACUCGUUGCAUCUAAAACUCGACCAUAACUUAAGCAUUUCUUGAGAAGAGAUAAAUUUUCAUUAAAAAAAAAUGCUUUGUUCUGUUAAUUGCAAAAAAGGUGGGCGAGUCUGAAAUUACUUCCUAGCUUUAGGAUCCUUGCAUAUUUAGGAACCUUCCUUUUAUCUGUGUCUCUUCUGUUGACAACUUCGACAACUUCCUUGUAAUUGAACAACUUUUGAUGGAUAUAUUGAUAUGCAAAUGUGGCUUUGAUUGAAGUUCUCAGGCUACUUUCAAUGUGCGCCUCGCUUUCGCUUGUUGCCAUUUAUAUUGGUGCUUUUUUUGUACUCAAGAAAUACCUAACACUCAGCGGCAAGUGUUGUUCGUAAAGACGAGAAAUCCUGACCGUAUGAGAUACAAAUAUUGCUCAACGCCCUUGUAAAAGAGUCCUUCUUCGAAUGAUGAAAAAUGAACAUCUGUCAGAUGGGAAGUGUUUUGUCAACAUUACAGAGGAGACAGGAGAAGCCGGGGAGAAAGGAAGGAAGAGUACUACGUAAUAGAUGAAUUUUCAUUCUGUUUUUUACCUUCAAACAAUUUUGAUUGUGCUGUAAAACGUG